AAUGUCCCUUUCCCCCGACAAUGAGGAUGGAUGCUUUGUUGCCAUGGAUACAGAGGAUGAGGGCGCAGAGGGUGCUGCGUUGAGGGGCGAGGCGGAGGCGAAGAUGAGGUCCUGUGGUCAAGAAGCGAACAUGGACACCGGUGCCAAAGGGAAGGGGAGAACCAUGGUGGAGCUGCCAGAGGAAGUCCUUGAAUACAUUUUAUCCUUCCUCUCACCUUACCAGGAGCACAAGACCGCCGCACUGGUGUGCAAGCAGUGGUAUCGCCUAAUUAAAGGCGUCGCCUAUCAGUGUUACCAUGGUUUUUUGAGAGCGGUCCAGGAGGGAAAUAUCCAGUGGGAGAGCCGGACGUAUCCAUAUCCCGGGACCCCCAUCACUCAGCGCUUUUCACACAGUGCGUGCUACUACGACUCAAAUCAGUCCAUGUACGUUUUCGGGGGGUGCACCCAGAGUAGCUGCAAUGCUGCCUUUAAUGAUCUGUGGAGACUGGACCUAAACAGUAAAGAGUGGAUCCGCCCUUUAGCCUCAGGCUCCUAUCCGUCUCCAAAAGCUGGAGCGACUCUGGUGAUGCACAAGGAUCUGCUGGUGCUGUUUGGAGGCUGGACGCGUCCCAGCCCGUAUCCACUUCACCAACCAGAGAGGUUUUUUGACGAAAUCCACACCUAUUCACCCUCAAAAAACUGGUGGAACUGUAUAGUUACAACACAUGGACCUCCACCCAUGGCGGGCCACUCGUCGUCUGUGAUCGGGAACACCAUGAUAGUGUUCGGGGGAUCGUUGGGAGCGCGUCAGAUGAGCAAUGAAGUCUGGGUUCUGGAUCUGGAGCAGUGGUCCUGGUCCAAACCGGCAACAUCAUGUCCGUCACCUCACCCACGAGGAGGCCAGUCACAAAUUGUCAUUGAUGAAAAGACUUUGCUGAUAUUGGGUGGCUGUGGUGGUCCCAAUGCGCUUCUUAAAGACGCCUGGCUCCUCCACAUGGACGGCCCCGCGUGGAAGUGGCAGCAGCUGCAGGUGGAGAAUGAGGACCACGGGGCCCCGGAGUUGUGGUGCCACCCAGCUUGUAAAGUGGGCCAGUGUGUGGUGGUUUUCUCACAGGCUCCGUCCGGCCGCGCGCCUCUUAGUCCAAGUCUUAACUCGCGACCUUCCCCCAUAAGUGCCACUCCCGCCCCCUUGGGGCCGGAGCCGCCCUCCCUGCGGUCUCAGUCCCCGAUCCGGAGCGGGGCCGCCGGUGUCGUCCUGGGAGCCGCCGAGGAGGCGCCGUGUGUAAACGGCCGAUGGGGCACGCUGAGACCUCGGCCCUCAGCCAGAGGAAGUGCCAGAGACGGGAGCCCGUCCUCGUCUCAGCAGCCGUCUCCUUCGCAAGGCCCCGACAGCCCCCCUCUCCCUCCGCUUCCCUCCCUCAUAAAUGGCUCCUCCCCUUCUCCUCGGACCAGCCCGGCCCAGGGCUGCUCUCCUCCCUCCCGUCCUCAUCUGCCUGGUUCCACAGACUAUGGGUGGGACUCUCCUCCCUCUGCCGCUCCUCACCAAGAGCUCCCAAAUACCAAUGGCCUGCACACCCCCCCCUCAGGCUCCCCUCUCACGCCCCCAGGAGCGGUGUCCCCCGCUGCCCUACGACGAGGACUGGAGGCAGUGAAAAACAGAUCUUCCUCAUCUUUACCGUCGUCUUCCCUUCCAACACAGGGGGCUUCUCCUAUGGGCGGCAGCGGCGGGGGCGGAGGAGGAACCGGGCCCUCAGGAACCCCUCCGUCGUCCUCGUCCAGCCCCCCGCAGGCCGCCGUGCCCGACGGACACGCCAUCCCGCCGAUAGCGCGGCGCCUCGGCCACCACCCGCCCCAGAGCCUGAACGUGGGCAAGCCUCUGUACCACUCGCUGAACUGCAAGCCCAUGCAGAUGUACGUGCUGGACGUUUCCCGGGCCAAAUCCGCGGGGGUCGUGUCCUGGAAAGUUUACGGCAACGGGACCCCCGCAGCAGUCACGGGCCCGCCGGAGACCAGCCUUCACACCGUGGUGCAGGGCCGCGGGGAGCUCAUCAUUUUCGGGGGCCUCAUGGACAAGAAGCAGAAUGCGAAGUACUACCCUAAGACCAACGCUUUGUACUUUGUACGCGCUAAAAGGUAAUGCGUCUUCAGGCUGGACUGGGAAGACGGGACGCUGUCCUCCCCAACACCAUAAGGGAACUAACACACAAGGCCUUUUACCUGUAGGAAGGAUUAUAAGAAGAGAUCGAUGUUUCACUUGAAUUUCACUAUUGUCCCUUCUGCCUACUGAACAGGAAACACUUUAACUACACUUUGACAAAAUAUCUGCUCGAAUGAGAGUUGUCUGUGUGCGCGUAUGUUUAGAGAGGACCGGACAUUUUUACCGCCCCCCAGAAGGCGAACAACCUAGCAAAACGUUUAUUUGUGUGUGUGUGUGUGUGUGUGUCACCUCUUCUGAACUCUUAAGAGAGAAAAUGGAAGUAUUGAUGACUACCUUGCUUUUUCUAUCUCUCUAAAAAGCCUGCAAUGUUUACAUAGAAACGGCGUGAGUGUGUUUGUGUGCAUGAUGGUGGUGAAAAGUUGUUGACUAACGCGCGUCGGGGCGGCUACGCCGGCUGAGCGACGUGGCACUGUACUAUAAACAUAGUUGAACAAUAAAGGCCUCCAUGUCUGCUCUG